AGAGAGAGUGAGAAGGAAAUGACAACGGUUUUUGCAAGAGGAGCACAAACCAUGAACACCAUGGUUUUCAAGCCCAUAGGUCGAAAACAUUUUCAUAAGAACAGCUCUUCAGCGGAUGUGAUUCGCGAGACGAAGAAGUUUGAAGGUGAUGAAGUGAAGCACAAGACCCAUAUGGGAGAAAAUGAUAGCAAUUUGUGGGUCCCCCAUGAGAGGACUGGAAUUUAUUAUCCCAAAGGCCAAGAGAAAGUGAUGGACGAAAUCCCUCCUAGAGCUGUCAAGGACAUGGGUGUCAAUUGGUUUUCAAACAAUGAAAAUUAAUUGGUUAAUUAAUUUAAAUGCCUAUAAGAUGUUGUACAAAUCAAUAAUAAUGUGGUUUUUCA